UACCACACACCCACCCACCCCACACCGCAACUCUCUUCUUCCUUUCCAUAAUCUCUCCAUUGAGAUUCUCUACCCACAUAGAGAGAGAUUAUUUUUUUCCCCUCAAAAACCCUAGCCCUAACUGUGUUCAUCAAAAUUUAAAUUUCGUUAAAUUCCUUUGAUGUUUCAAACAUGGAUUUAAGCAAUUCGACUGCAACAGCCACUGUCAAGACACCAGAAGCUGAGAAUGAGACGCCCACUCGGAUCCAGACCACAAAUUCAAAGCCUUUGUCUUUCACCAACGGCUUGUUGAAGAGGCACGCGCCGCUGCAGCUUUAUCAAGGGAAUUUCAACAACCACCAUCCGGUUGUUGUGAACUACAAAGAAUGUCUGAAGAAUCACGCCGCGAGUUUGGGUGGCCACGCUGUGGAUGGUUGUGGAGAGUUCAUGCCGUCCCCUACUGCGAAUCCAUCUGAGCCUACUUCGCUAAAAUGCGCCGCGUGUGGAUGUCACCGGAAUUUCCACCGCCGCGAACCGGAAGAUCCACUUCCACCUAACGCCACACCUGCUCUUGACUACCAGCCGCACCAUCGUCACCAUCCUCCACCCCCGCCGCCGGCGAAUCUCGGGAACAGCAGCAGCCCAAAUUCGCCUUCCCCACCGCCGAUCUCUUCAUCUUACUACCCCUCAGCACCCCACAUGCUGUUGGCUCUUAGCCAUGGCCCAUCCGGUCCACCGCCUGACAGCAACACACCAAUUUCCACUACUCCCAACUCCACUUCCGCACCUCUGUCUUCAAAUCCCAAUGGCAGGAAGCGUUUCAGAACAAGGUUCACACAAGAUCAAAAGGAAAAAAUGCUCCAGUUCGCCGAGAGAGUUGGGUGGAAAAUGCAGAAAAGAGAUGAAGAUUCUAUUACAGAAUUCUGCAGUGAAAUUGGUGUCGACAAAGGGGUAUUCAAAGUGUGGAUGCAUAACAACAAGACCACUUUUGGCAAAAGAGAUCAGCACUUAUCUAACAGUGUCAUCUCUCCCACUGCUCCACCCACCAACAAUGGCAACGGUAAUGGUAUCGCCCAUGGUACUAUAGGCAGUAGAAAUAACACGUUCGAUACCACCAACGCCAAUGUCGACCCUACCACUGCCAUCGCCGCUGCUACUUCCGUCCAAUAUCACCACCACGACCAGGAAAACAACAAUGACAGCAAAAUUAACAUCCGUGGUCAAGAUUUGAGUCAGCACCACCUUCAUGAUAACAGUGGCAACAGUCCUCAUGUUCUUGGUACUAAUGGGUCUUCUUCUUCUUCAUAAAAACUUUUGAUGGAUUAUGGAUUUAAUAAGUGUUAGCCGACAGGGAAAAAAAAAAAAGAAUCUGGGUUCUUUAGUCUCUUCUUCUUCUACUACUUAUUAGGCUUUUAAUCUUGUUUAAUUAGUUAUUAAUAUCGUUGGAAUGAUGAAGAUUCUGAGGAUGUUAAUGGAGAAAUUAUUAAUUUCUUGUUUCAUCAA